AUGUUGGGUUCAGGGACAAAUUUAGUGACAACUGUUAUUGGAUUUGGCAUGAGUGCCACUUUCAUUGUUUUCGUUUGUACAAGAAUCAUUUGUGGAAGACUUAGAGGUGGUGUUGAAUCUAGGAUGAUGUAUCAGAUUGAAUCAAGAUAUGAUAUAGAACAGCCAGAACAUCAUGUUAAUGACCCUGAUCCUGAACCAGUUCUGCUUGAAGCAAUCCCCACUUUGAAGUUCAAUCAAGAGGCUUUCAGUUCCAUUGAAGAUACACAGUGUCCGACACUGACCCAUAUCUACACCUCUUAUCAUCGAGUUUUGAAUUUGGAUUUUGAAAUUCAGUUUUGUGAAGCUGGAAUCGGAUACGGAGACUCUUCCUGUGGACCUUCAAUUCCAUCAUCAUCCAAGUUGUUGAUCAAAGGAGGUACUGUGGUUAAUGCUCACCAUCAACAAAUCGCCGAUGUUUAUAUUGAAGACGGUGUCAUCGUUGCUGUUAAUCCAACUAUCACUGUUGGAGAUGAGGUGCGUGUCAUAGAUGCUACUGGCAAGUUUGUUAUGCCAGGAGGCAUUGAUCCUCAUACUCAUCUAGAGUUUGAGUUUAUGAACACUGUAACGAAGGAUGACUUCUUCAGUGGCCAGGCCGCAGCAUUGGCUGGUGGGACGACAAUGCACAUUGACUUUGCCAUACCAAUUGAUGGGAGUUUAACGGCCGGUUUCAAAGCCUAUGAAAAGAAGGCGAAGAAGUCUUGCAUGGAUUAUGGUUUCCAUAUGGCUAUUACCAAAUGGGAUGAAACAGUUGCAAGAGAAAUGGAGCUCAUGGUCAAGGAGAAAGGUAUCAAUUCUUUUAAGUUUUUCAUGGCUUACAAAGGAGCUCUUAUGAUCGGUGAUGAGCUUCUUCUACAAGGACUUAAAAAGUGCAAGUCUCUCGGUGCCUUAGCCAUGGUCCAUGCAGAAAACGGAGAUGCUGUGGAUGAAGGGCAAAAGAAGAUGAUAGAGCUUGGAAUAACUGGACCCGAGGGACAUGCUCUUUCAAGGCCUCCGGUGUUAGAAGGAGAGGCAACUGCUCGUGCUAUUCACUUAGCAGAUUUUGUAAACACUCCUUUGUAUGUGGUUCAUGUCAUGAGCAUUGAUGCAACGGAAGAAAUUGCGAAAGCCAGGACAUCAGGUUCUUAACUUCAAUCCUUGUAAUGUAUUCCAGAUUAUGUAGAGAAAGCAUGCAAUUACAACAUAUAGAGAUACCAUUAAGAGUCUAUUUGUAGAAAAACUAUUACGUUUGCACAACAAUAUUCUCGUUUUUUUUUAUAGAGAAAAAUGUAUAAACAAGACUUGUUGUACUUGAAUUAUAGCAGCCAUAAUUAGAUUAACUUGACAACA